AUGGAAACAACCAAUAAUGGAAAUGCCGUAUUUUCUUUCGAUUUUGAGAUCCAAAACCAGUCACAACAGUGGCAAGCUCUCGAUGAACAAACAUCUGAGUCUGUAGAAGAAGUUCAACAUUCAUCCGGCAAAUAUUUCUCCUGCUACCCAACAGUUGGAGACGAAUUUUUCAACCCCACAGAUCCCGCAGCUAUUAAACAUGAAUGGUUGCAAAACAGACACAAUGCGAAGGGCUCUGUACGGAAUAGUGGAAAGCAAUUCCUAUUGCAUUCUUUGGAACACAAUAAUAAUCGAAAUUUACACUAA